AUGUCUCGCGAAGCCUACCAAGUCCCCUCCACCGGAGGCACCCAGAACGCCUUCAGCAACGAUGGCGGAUACAGCAACUCCAUGGCUAUCGACUCUCCCUCCGUCGUUUACCUGUGCGGCGAGUGCUCUGCCCGUGUCCCCAUCAAGCGUGGAGACCAGAUCCGUUGCAAGGACUGCGGUCACCGUGUGCUCUACAAGGAGCGUACCAAGCGUAUGGUGCAGUUCGAAGCUCGGUGA